AUGCCUAUAGUCAUGAAGCUUCUGACCAUCAAGAAGAAUUGUCACUCGCUAAUGUAAGGCAUAUGGCAAUAUUAAAAGCAAUAAUUGAUUCUCUAAGCAUUAUCGAAUAUGCCAAUUUCAUUUUAAUAAAAAGAGAAAUCCCUUUAAAUGGAGAAUGCUAAGUUGAAAAAUGAAAAUACGGAUCUUUAAUCAUAGCUAAAUAAAUUAGAAAACAAACACCAGGAAUUAAUUAAUGAGAUUUAAGAUCUAAAAUAGUUAGUCAAGAGAGUAUAUUAAGAAGGUGAGAUUUAGAUUUCAUAUUAGAAGUAGAAGAAUCAACAAUUAGAAUACAAAAAUGAAAGCUUAACAAAGGCUUUGGUCAAUUUGUAAAAUAAUUUAGAAACUUUUGCCUAAUUGAAAAACUUAUCCGGUUUUCUUGAAGAUAGUGAGAUUUCGGAAUAAAGUGCAAUUGAAAAUGGUUCUAUUUAAUAAUGA